AUGUUAACAAAGAUAGAGAUAGGCGUAAUCUAUCUCAAUCAAAAUAUCUAUCUACCAUACCUAGAUCAAAUUUAUCUAUCAGAGUUCUAUUUCGUUAUCUAUCUAUCUAUCUAUCUAUCUAUCUAUCUAUCUUGUUCGUUAUCUAUCUAUUUAUCAGAACAUCCAUUCAUCUAUCUAUCUAUCUAUCUAUCUAUCUAUCUAUCUAUGUUAUCUCUGUUGUUAUCUAUCUAUCUAUCUAAAUAUCUAUAUUAUCUCUGUUCUGGUCUAUAUCUAUCUAUCUAUCUAUCUAUCUAUCUAUCUAUCUAUCUCUGUUCGUUAUCUAUCUAUCUAUCUAUCUAUCUUCGUUAUCUAUUUAUCUAUCUAUCUAUCUAUCUAUCUAUCUAUCUAUCUAUCUAUGUUCAUAUCUAUCUCAUCUGUUCCCUAUCUAUCUAUCUAUCUAUCUAUCUCAGUGUGUUCAUUAUUAUAUCUAUCUAUCUAUCUGUCAUCUUCUAUCUAUCUAUCUAUCCAUAUCUAUCUCUGAUGAUAUCUAUGAAAAUCUAUCCAUCUAUCUAUUAUUCAUAUAUUCUAUCUAUCUAUCUAUCUAUCUAUUUAUCUAUCUAUCUCAGUAUGUUUCAUUAUUAUAAAAAGAUAAAUAUCUAUUUAUAUAUCAAAUCUAUGGAAUCUAUCUAUCUAUCUAUCUGUUCAGACGUCUAUUAA